GGGCCUCGCCAGCCGCCGUUGUGGUGUCACGUGACACGUCAGAACAGAGUUUAGCUAAGUUGGCUAAUAGCGUUAUUCCUGCUUCUCCGACUCAGUUUUACAGGACAGAUUUUUUAAACUAUUAGUUAAGUUAUACCGACGAGAAAGGCAGGUGACUGUGAAGUGAAAUGAUCCAACUAGCUAACUUUAUCUAGUCAGGAAUUGCUGUUUGAGAGUCUUCUUUAGAGGUGCAGUGUGCUGCGAAAAGCGAACAGGCCAUUAACUUCCCUGCGUGACUGGAUCAAGUCAAACAUGCUGUUGCAUUACUGUCCGCAGUGUGGCUCAAAACUCCAGUCUGGGUUCAAGUUUUGUCCGUCUUGCGGGGAGAAGCUCCCCUGCCUGGUUAACUCAGCUGAGACUGCAGACACAGAGACUGCAGUGGUGUCAGAUCCAGGUCCUCAUGGCAGCUUACACAGCCUUUCUCCUGGCCCACACUCAGUACUAUCAGCUCUCAACAGCAGUAAAGAUGCUGUUGAGGCUUCAGCCAGUUCAGCGUUGACCCGCUCACCGAUCUUUCGGUCUACACGCCAAACGGCCACCAAGAUAACAAGCAGUCCAGCAACACCGCCCAAAGCUGUAAAAUACACAGAUCAGAGGGCUCUGACAUCACCUCGGAAACGAAAAACAUCCCCCAAGGUGCAAGAAGAAGAAGAGAAAGAACCAAAGAAGGUGUCCUCUUUAUCAGCCCAGACUUCUCCUUCAGAUCAGAAGUGUUUGACGUCACCUCGGAAACGAAAGGCAUCCCCCAAGGUGCAAGAGGAGGAAGAGCUGAAGAUAGUGCCUUUACCCCAAGCCCAAACUCCCCCCUCAGCGAAAAGCAAAGCAAAGAGGGCCAAGCGACUGUGUGUUGUGGAGCCUGUGCAGGAAGGAGUGGAGUUUUGUGACCAGUCCGGAAAGAAAUGGAAGCUGGUGAAACUAUUGUUUCAGACAGAAGUGGAGCUGACAUAUGGAGUGCAACAGGUCAGUGUGGGAACCAGCUCUGAUGACUGGAAGCACAUUUUGAGACUGGGUGCUAAAGAAGGACAACUGUUUAAUGAACAGAACUUCCUUCAAAGAGCUGCUAAACCUGUCGCAGUGGAGAAGUGGAUGAAGAAACUCAGUAUGGACUUUCUUGGAAUUCCAUCAUGUGUGGGCUUUGGUCUUCAUGACACAUACAGAUUUUUAAUUUUUCCUGACAUGGGCCAAACUCUGCAAUCAGUUAUGGACAUAGAGAAGAAGUGUCUGCCUGAGAAAGCAGUCCUGCAGCUGGCACUACGAUUAUUGGACGCACUGGAAUUUGUACAUGAAAAUGAAUAUACUCAUGCAGACAUCCACGCUGGCAACAUCUACAUCAGCACAAUCGGACACUCACAGGUAUUCUUGUCAGGCUUUGGCCAUGCAUUUAGGUUCUGUCCUGGAGGAAACCACGUGGAGUACAGGGAAGGCAGCCGUACUCCCCACCAGGGAAACCUCAACUUUAUCAGCUUAGAUUCACACAAGGGGGCUGGUCCUUCUCGCCGUAGUGAUCUGCAGUCUCUGGGUUACUGUCUGCUUUCUUGGAUGACAGGCACUCUACCCUGGAGUGACAUCACUAAGUCCAGCUCAGCUAUUUCUGCUGAGAAGGAGAGGUAUAUGACUGAUGUUCUUGGGCUAAUGAGCAGCUGUUUUAAAAAGAGAAGAGUUUCAGAUGUAUUACAGAGCUAUUUGUCUCAGGCAAUGGGCCUGCACUAUACUGAGAAGCCAGAUUACUCACUUUUGAAAGCUGGGCUUAAUGAGGCUUUGCAAAAGAUGGGUGGGACAUUGGGAGCACCACUGAUUUUCAGAUGAAAGAAAACUAUGAAACAGUUUAAACAGAUGAAGCUUGCAUCUGACCAUCGCACAGUGAAUUUUCUAUCAAACUUUACACUAAUGUACACCUCUGUUUUGUUUGGUUUUUAAAUGGUGUGUUCUAAAGUUUUUACCACAACGAUUGCAUGAUUCACCGCAAGCUGCACCCAGAGGCUUAUUAAUGUGAUUUACUGGGGAAAGAAACUAUUGAAGUUCUGAACAUCCAAUUAAUGCGGUUUUACCACGUGCUCAUUUUUUUAAAUCGCACUCACAGUUCCUGGUAGUUAAUGUGUGUGUGUUCGUUUGAAAUUAAACCAUCUUAUUACAAAUUGUAAAA